CGACCGGCGCACAGUUUAUGCUCGAACUUUGCACAAUGUGGAGGACUUUUGCGUUUCUCGCGGUCGUCGGCGCGUGCGUCGCGGUGCCCGCGCAAGACACGUCGUACACCGAAAAUGAUCUUGAAGGACUCGGGGACUGCUUAAAAAAGGAUUCCACCUCAUGCUUGAAGUACAAAUUCUUCUCCUACGUCGACAAGAUGCUCGGACAGAAGGAUUCCUUCGCACUAACUGACGGAGUCACCGUUGUCAAGGCGAGCGAUGUGCCCGCUGAAACUGGAGCACCGAGGUCCUUAGAUCCUGUUUCGAGAUUGAAGAGGUAUUUCGAAACGCAUUCACUUCGUGUCGAAGUGAAAGGUUCGGAUGUGAUCGAUGCCGUGUCAAGUGCCGGUCGUGCUUUAGAAGAUACAGUGUCGUCGAUAACUGAUGAUGGAUCCGAAGAAGGCAGAGGGAAGAAGAAAAAAGCUGCGAAAAUGUUGGGACCUCUAAUUGCAGCGUUGGCUUUGAAGAUGAUGGCUUUGACCCCAUUGGCGAUUGGUGCUAUCGCGUUGAUUGCUGGAAAGGCGUUGCUGAUUGGUAAAUUGGCGUUGGUUUUGUCAGCUAUAAUAGGAUUGAAGAAAUUGCUGUCGCAGCAGAAACACGUGACGUAUGAGGUGGUUGCACACCCGCAUCAUUCAUCGAGCCAUACGUCGAGUCAUGAUUAUGGCGGCACCAGUGGAUAUGGCGGAGAUUCUGGUGGUUACAGCAGUGGAGGGAGCAGCAGCGGCCACGGGGGAGGAUGGGGCAGAUCACUCGAAGCGCAAAGCUUAGCGUACUCCGCCCAGAAACCUCAAUGAGCUCUGACCUAGUUGUAUGUGCUCUUUACGACGAUUUCUCUACGACCCAACGACUGCAUCUGUAUUUAUGUGUGUGUGAGUGAGUGUCUGUAUUUAUUUGACUGAAUCUAUGUUAAGUACUAUGCCAUUUCAGCUCAAUUUCAUAGUCAUUGAUUGUUCUUUAGUAAACCUUGUAAGAGGUCGCGAGUAACUAUUAAUAUAGUGUAUGUAGUAUAUUUUAUGACUGAUUAUUUAUUUACAUAAGACAGUAUGUAUAUACUCGUAAAAUUGUUUUUAAGUAAUUUUCACUAUAGACAUAAAUAUUUAUGGUUUACGACCAAGUACUUGGCUUUAAUAUUUUUAAGUAUUAUGUAAGAUAUAUAGACUUAUAUUGUAUAUAUUGAUAUAACUUUGUAUAUAUACUUAUAUAAUUUAUGUUAACAUGAAGUCCAAGAGAAAUAAUAUUAUGUAUAUGUUACAUUUAACUAUAUCAUUGUUAUGUUAUUAAUUAAAUAAAUUUAAAACAAAUACAAUGACACUUAAAGUAUUAAAAAAUAAUG